UUCAUAUAGUACUUUCCACCACUGUUUACAACACUGAAUAAUAUUUAUUUAUAUAAUAUAUGGAUUAAAGUUCAAUAUUGCCAUCUGAAAUGUAGUGAAGACAACUACAUCUAAUGAAACUAGAAAAUAACACACCAGCAUUUUAACUCUUCCUUUAGUAAAGUACAUGAGUAAAAGUACAUAAAAAAGGUUGUUUAUGACAUUUCGGAUAUUGUUUCGGUCUAUUUUUUGUCUGUACAAAAUAAAAUUUGACAUUUGAGUAAUCCUUCAGCUGUGAGGGCCAGAAGAGUGAAAACGACGUCCGGGAGUUGAACGACAACGUCCGUUACUACCGACGGUCCACGGAGUUUAACGUUACAUGAGAACAGUAAGGCCCAUAAAGAGAGCUUAAUUAUUACCGCAGCUUAUUUAAUGUCCACCCUUUAAAUAUUAGACGACUUAAUAAUUGACUGCAGAAAAUGUUGUGGCGUUAAUAAUAAUAACUUAUCGGUUGAAGUUGUUUUUAAUCCACAUUUUGACGUUAACGUACGACCAACGUCUGCUCUCCUCGUUAGCUUAAAGUUCCUCGUUCGCUAAAUUCACGAGCUAGCUUUUGUAAUUACGGACUAUUUCUAAACCGCGAAUAUCUUAGGAAUUGUGUAUAAAUUGUUUAAUUGUGUUAGUUUGUUUUGGCUAAGUUGAAAAAAAAUAAUAAAAUAAAUAAUUUAGAGAUGUUAAUUUUUUAAUAAUGUGAACACUCGCGCAGUGACGCAGCAGUUAGCUAACGUAGAGGUUAACAUGUGCUGAGGCUACAUGCUCUGUUCUGGUGGCAUUGUAUAGACAUAUCUUUUUAUUAUCUGUAUCCCGUCUCUAGAGUGAAGCAUGUCAUCGUUUUCCUCAGCUUGUAAAGCCAUCCACGUUUCACCUUCGUUCAAAGAACACACCUGUGAGUGUGUUGGGGUGAUUUUCAGCCAAGGUGCAUGUUCAGCACACGAACAGGGGCAGAUGUUGGGAACCGAGCUUGGUAUGAUGGAGAUGUCAGAGGUCGAGUACACGCACCUCCAGCACCUCAUCCAGGCCCAAAUGGAGACCGCACCUCCAGAUGGGCCAGAUGCCAGAUCCCACCCUGCUACAGUGAUGGUUAAAGACACCACUGGAUCCACAAUGAUAUCUCCCUUCACAACCACCCAAGCUAUUGAUCUGUCGACUUCCACGGAUGAACACUGUCUGGUGAUGCCAGGGGAGAAGACGCCAGCUUCUUAUGGAGAGGUCCCGGGUUUUGUGCUGGCCAGGGUCAGAGGCGAGGACAGUCCCACUGAAUCACGAACCAACAGCAGCGUAUCUUCACAAAAGCGAUCCAGAUCAGCUGCCAGAGUUUGCUUGGAGAAAAGGUUUAACACUAUGCCUUCAGACGCCCCAAGACAGCACGAUAUUCAGUCUGCCGUUCUUAGCAAUUUUUUGACGAUGCUUCAGCAGUCUGCUGAGGCUCAAGAGGCCGCCAUGCAUCCCCAAAUGCAGAAGUGGAUGAAAACUGAAAGAGCAAAUCCUUUUGAGGUUUCCAGCCCGUUUGUAGGGGGUGUACCGGUAUUUAACCCAGUCACCAACAUGUGUGAACAAGUGAUUGGCCAUAUUCCUCACAUGGUUGAACCUAAGCAUCAAGGUUUAAUCAUCCCCAAGAGUUUUUCGUUUAACUUCUGCCCGGAGAGGGUUGUUACAAAAACUCACUAUACAAAUGGCGGCAACCCAACAGAGGAGCAGCACUUGGUGAACAUAGAAAACGAUGUGGCGACCCCUGCUGCUGCCUCCAGGAAACAUGCUGGUACUCACAGCUCGCAAACCAUCAAGGCAGCCCGAGACUCCGCUGGAGAAUCAGCCAGCAGCACCAGGAAAAGAGCUCGAUCUCACAUGUCACUCAGCCAGCGGCGGGAGAGACACAACAGUAAGGAGAGGGAACGCAGGAAGAGGAUUCGUUCGUGCUGUGAUGAGCUGAACAUGCUGGUGCCAUUCUGUGAGUCAGAUACAGACAAAGUCACCACCCUGCAGUGGACCACGGCCUUCCUCAGAUACAUCAAUAAAACAUAUGGAGACACCUUCAAAGAGGAGUUUCAGAAGGCAUUCGCUGUUGAGAAAGGACUCUUUCUUAAAUCUGGCUCUUCUUUAAGCGAAGACCCAAUCCACCGGGAGAUGGACGAGACACUGAGCAUUCCUCUCAGUGUAGAGCAAUGACCCCCUCACUGUUUUAUCAAAUAACUCAGCCAGAUAUUUUAGUACAUUUUAGUCACUUGGGUUGUCCCAUGAGGUCUGGUUGUGAGUUUGGCUGACGUGUUGUAACAUUUUAAAAUGGCCAAAAAAAGCGUCCUUUUGAGGGGAGCUCUGAUCCUGACUCCUUUACAGUGAUAUAGAAAGGGCAAGGUUUUCAGUCUGAGGCCGUGCGUUGCUCAAAAGUGGUUUUCUCCAGCUGCAUCUAAAGACCUUACUGUAUCAAGCCAAUGUUUGAACUGUCCUGGCGUUUCCGCUGAUACAUUUUCUCCCCCUCGACAGACAUUUGUAUACAGGGAUUUUCAUAAAGUCAUACAUAGGGGGCACUGUUUCUCUUUGAAAAACAAGAGAAUGCUCUUACGAUUAGAUUUCAGCUCUUCAGCUAUCAUACAUGAAGCAAAUUUUCAUUAAUGUGCAUCUUUUAUAUGCUUGAUUUUGUUGUUUUUUUUCUUACUUUUGUUAAACUUUGUUCAUACAGUAUAUUGUUCAGUUUUAUUGUCCACAAAUAUUUAUUCUUUAAUCACAUAUUUAAGUGUUUUACAUCGAUAUAAGU